GAAUGUGUUUGUAUAAAGUUCGGUGCCGCAUAUAAACAUGCAUAUCAGUACAGUGGUUUGAACAACGAAAUCGAUAUCUCGAGCCCUGAUAAAUCCCGUAAGUUAUCGGAUAAUAGGGGGGGUUUGUUUCCAAUAUCCGUCCAGCCACGAGGCUGGCGAAUGUGACGGGGAAUUGCGGGGAUUCGCAUCGCGUCGCAAUGGUUAAAUAAUUGUAAACAGUCCUUGCCUUAUCCACAGAGCGCUCGCAGCUCGGUGGGGGCGACGAGGAGCGCGAAGCGGACUAGCAGAGUAAGGAAUCAAAUAGUGGAGGGGGAAACGCCGUCAUGGCUGACAUGUGUGGAUUGUGUGGCCCGCAGGCGACGUAGUGAACAGGCGCGAGUGUUCCAGGUCCGUCCGCGUUGAAAACGCGCGUUUGUUAAGUGAAUAUGGAGAGAAAUGGGCCGGGGAUUGAACGUGGAAGUCGCUAGCGACCGACCGGCUGCCAGCCAGGGAGACAGAUGGGCGAAAUCUAACAGGAUGGAGCCCAGGGUGUGGAGAACUCGGCUCCGCGGCGUCGCGGGCAUCUGCCUGGUCUUGGCAUUGACGGGUAUCGUGUAUUUGGGAUACUUCUGCCCAGACCACGUUUGUGCCUUGACCAACCGUGACCUCAAGGAGUCCACGCGUCUCUCUGAGGGUUUCACAUCCGGGGUUGUCGACAGGAACUUCCAGGGUCACCCUUCCUUCAGACUUCAGAGCAUACAGGGCAGUCUCGCCUACGAGGAUGUCAUCAACAACACCUUUCAAUUCGACAUCAAUGCCCACGAUGUUAUGGUCUUUUUACACAUACAGAAAACUGGCGGUACAUUAUUUGGUAAACACCUGGUGCGCGAUUUGGACCUGCAAAGACCGUGCUCGUGUCAUAGGAGGCGAAAACGUUGCUCCUGUUUUCGUCCGAACAGGAACGAGAAUUGGUUAUUUUCCCGGUAUUCAACAGGCUGGAAGUGCGGCCUGCAUGCUGAUUGGACGGAAUUGACGAAUUGCGUUGAUUCAGAAUUAAAUAAGAUAGAACCAGAGGGAGUGAAGAGAAGAUAUUUUUACAUAACAAUCAUCAGAGAUCCGGUAGCGAGAUAUUUGUCGGAGUUCAGACAUGUGCAACGAGGUGCCACGUGGCGAGGAGCGAGACAUUGGUGCGGCGGCAUUCAGGCUAACAUACCUCAAUGUUAUGCCGAGCCAAAUUGGCAAGGAGUUACGUUAGAAGAGUUCAUGCAGUGUCCUCACAACUUGGCAAGUAAUCGUCAGACUCGGAUGCUGGCUGACCUAUCCAUCAUAGGAUGCUACAACUCAACGCUAAAUCGAACUGAGAGAGAUCGUCUCAUGCUUGAAAGUGCCCAGCGUAAUUUAUUAUCCAUGCCGUUCUUCAUGCUUACUGAAUACCAAAAGGUUGGCCAGUAUUCAUUUGAGGAAACAUUUGGCAUGCGAUUUGCAGUAGCGUUUAAACAACACAACGCAACACUAAGUGCGGCGACAAGGGCGACGCUAAGUAAAGAACAGCUUGAUGCUGUCGAGCGGCUUAACGGGCUGGACCUGAAGCUGUAUAAAUUUGCAAAGACUCAUAUGUCCCAACGUUUCGCAAUGAUUAGGGAUCGUGAUCCACAUUUCGUUGAAAGGUUUAAACAUUUGGGCGAGUUGUUGUCGCGACCAAGUGUUACAGAGUUCAACUGGGAUUCUGUUAUUGAAGAUACAACAGAUAACGACUAGUAUUAAUGUAAAUAAGAUAACAUUUCAAUAUGUUUCCCUAUCAUUGUCUGAGCAAUUUAUGCUGUUCGGUUGAUUAUCCAGUGAUUACGAAAUAGUGCACUUAAUUACACUAAAUGAAGAGUGCUAAUUAAUCUGAAGUGUAACUGGCGAAAUUAUGAGCGCAGAAUUGGUUUACUUACAGGAAUAUCUGUGAUUUUACCAGGUGCACACAUUUCUUUUGUUUUCCAAAUUUUACCUCUACCGUAUUAGAGAGUUCUUUAUAAAGUUUAUCUUUAUAAUCAAGACUCGAAAGAAUGUGCAUUGAGUGCCACUGAUAAAGCUACCAACACUCCGCUUUUUUUUUUUUUUUUAAAGCUUUCGUUACAGCUUAUGUUCGACAAUACUGUGUUCAUAAACCAUAUAAUAUUCUUUUAUGCAGCUAUUUUGAACUUGACAUAAUUAACUAGUGUCAAAUGACUAUAAAAACACUUUAUGCGGUGUAAAUUUCACGACUGUUUAAUUUGUUCCGCAUUGACGAGCCUUAACGGGUGGGAAGUUAGUAUAUUUAAAUAAGGCCGGUAUACACUUGUAAUUAAAAAUACGAGUUGUUUUUCAUUUGGUCAAUUAGUAAGUACAAUGAAGCAUUCGAAAAUCGUAAAAAUACACGAUACAAAUAAUAAGAAAAGGUUCUACCGAAAUUUCGUGCAAUUUUCUUUACUUUCGAACAAACUGUAAAAGCAAUUAUUUAAUGUCCUUAAAAUUAGGUUUUCGUCAAAUCUUUAUCUGAGGCUUGGAAUAUGAAAGAGAAAAGAACAUUUCAAAUAUUAGAUUUUCACAAUCAGCUUAUUUAGUUAUAUGCAAGGAUCGGAGAUUCGAUGCCGGUAGGAAGUCAUUUGUACAGUUUUAUGGAGAUCUCAAAUUAGUAUGCAACCCACAGUGACUAACAGGAAGGUUGAAACAUAAAAACUUGAGCCUGACUAGAUUUCAGGAUCAUUGUAUUCAAUGUGAUCAUCAUAUCCUUUUUUUUCUUUUUGUUUCUUUCUUCAACAUGUUAAAUAGAAAUCAUAUAUAGAGAUGACAUUUUAUUUUGUAAAUAUAUAUUAAGAUUGUAUAUUUUUAAAUAAAUAAGUUGCAUUACUGUUUCGAACAAGGCAGUAUUAGGUUUAAUAGAGAGGGUCUCGAGCGCUCAGGCUAUCUAUGAUAAGUUAUUCAUGCUUUAUCGCAUUUUCAGAAAUGUUCACUGGUUUUAUUUUCUAUCUUUUAUUACUUUUUCUAUGGUACGAUUUAAUACCGAAAACUUGCACACGCGUUUCUCCAUAUCAAAUUCAGCACAGUUACGAAAGUAUAAAUUUUCUACCACAGAGUAGAAAGCACAAGUGAAAUUCAUAAAUAAUAUGUAUUUAAGUUUUAUUAUUCCAAAGAGAUUGUACAUAUUGAUAUCUUCAUAUGUGAGUGUUCUAAAAUGCGAUAACACGAUGUAACAUUUAUGCACAUAUGUAUUUAGGUUCAACAUUUUUCUGUGUAGAUUAUUAUUUGCUGAUAAAUUCUUCACAAUACGGACUACUAUUAUUAAAGUAUCAGUCACCGUUCAUCCAAGAUAAUUGGAUGUAGAUUAAACUUUGAAAAGGAAUGCAAAAAUCAGUUUAAAGCGAAUGUCCACAGAUUGGAGGUAAUACUAUACAUAUAUAGCGUUACGUCGGAAUUCGCGUAUCGUUCAUAUCAUUACGCUUUCAUUUUAGGUAAGGGUAAGCCGAAAUAGUGAUAAAUGUAACUAAAAACUGAGUAAUUAAUUUGUAUCAUGCGUACGCAUUUUGUCUUGAGUUGUAUAUAAGAAUUAACGACCUGUGAAUUGUCAGUAUCCUUAAAAUAUGUAGAUAAAAACGGUUGAUUAUUAUAGUUUCGAGGAUUGUUUCAUUUCAAUCAAUUUUAUAAUAAUUCGCAUGUAUAGGCUAGUACAUUACGUAAAAAUGUUGAACUUUCAAA